AUGCCCGGAAAGCUGUACGUGGAGACGACGCCAAAGGGCCGGCGCCAGUUCGUCCUCAAGCGUUCUCACUCCCACAACCACCACCACCACCACCACCACCCCAAGCAUCACUCCGACAUCUACGACGAUGAUGACUCCUGUUGUACAAGCGAGAAGAUGAACGAUCUGCUACGACGGGAGCGCUCUCUGCGCGAGCGGAACGAGGCACUGCUCCGCGAGAACUACGCCCUCAAGGCGAACUGGACGGCCAGCGACCAGGAGGUCCGCCGGCUGACGGCCUGGGUGCCCCAGCUCCAGGGCCGGAUACAGCUGCUGGAGCGCGAGAACCACGAGCUGCGCCGGUCCGUCGACCACGACGCCGACCUCGAGGACCAGGUCCGGGCGGCGCGCAACAAGUACACCAAGGCCCGGAACGACGGCGAGGCCCUGAGGCAGCAGAACCGGCGGCUGGAGCACGACAAGAAGGGCCUGGCGGACCGGGUCCGCGAGCUGGCGCGCGACCUGGCCGACGGGCAGUCGUGGCGCGACCGGUACGACAGGCUGGACCGGUCCUACCGCAGCCUGUUUGAGCGCCACGCGGCGAUGCGGACCAACUUUGACAAGGCCAACGGGGAGAAGGAGGCGCUGCAGGCCAGGGUCGACGACCUCUACGACGACAACGACGCGCUGCGCCGCAAGGUCGAGGCGUACGAGCGGAUACUGUACCGCCAUCGUCUGCUUUAG